AAGUGCGGCGGGUGAGCGAAGCAUGUGGAGUCGUUCAGUAGCGGCAAACAAACCCUCCGGUGAGAACACGAACGGUCACAACGGAACGAGUUAGAGUUCACCGUGUAACGGAGGAUGUCCGUAUUCAGCUCACUUCCGUUAGCGCGAACCAAGAUGGAGAACUACAGUAAAGCUCGGACGCUGGAGCGGCCGUCGCUCUGUCCGUUCCCGGGCCUCGCCCCCGACACGCCCAAGGUCCGGGUCAAAGACGGUAGCAAGAUCCGCCACCUGCUGCGCUAUGCCCUGAGCCGCAUGGAGGCCAAACCCGGAGUGGCCGACGAGGCGGGCCGCCAGGAGGCUGCGAGUCGCCCGCUCUGCAGACAGAUAGUCUUCACCGCGAGUGCCAAGGGCGUGUCCAAGGCCAUCACUUGUGCCGAGAUCGUGAAGCGGCGCGUGAAGGGGCUCCACCAGCUCACCAGGUUGCUGUACGGCACCGCGGUGGAGGUGUGGGAGCCGCUGGAGCCCGGCGCCGGCCUCGACAGCCUCACCGUCAGCAGGAACGUGCCCGCCAUCUGGAUCCUCCUCUCCCUGGAGCCGCUGGACUGCAGCCAGCCCGGGUACCAGGCGCCGGGUCGGUACGACGCCCUGUGGGCCCAGUCCGCCAACAGGGAGGAGGAGGCUGCGGGGGGGUCAGGGGUCACGGGACAGAGACCAGGAUUCAGGAGAAAGAGAGGAAGAGGAGGAGGGAAGGGGCCCGGUCGUCACACUGGACGAUCCAGAGACGCGGAGAAAUGAGCUGAUUCACAUUUGAAUAAACUACAUGAAACUGUGAACUGGCCUCAAGUGAAACUCGACACAAAGACAGUCGGCACAGUCAGCAGCUAUGUCUUUAUUACAUUUACAUUUUUUUAUUGUUAUAUUAUUAUUGACUGUUAUUGGAUGCUGACCAAAGACUAAAACACAAACAAGCGUUUGUGGCGGGAAAAACUCUGUUGAGUGUUUAACGUGUGACAAGUCUGUUUGUGCCUCUGAGAACAACCAGUUAAUAAAGAUGAUUAUUUUUCUUUGUUUAACCCUGAAA